AUGGAAGUUUAUAAAAGGUAUGCUUCUCGGGAGCAUGACGUUCCGCUAUUAGGAACAAAACAACAACAACAACAAUAUCAACAACGACUUGACGACCACUUUGAACUAGAACAAGAACAGCACCAAACUCAAAACAAAGAAAGCCAACCGCAGGUUCAAUUGCAAUAUGAUCAAAAGAAGGAAUUCCUGCAACAUGAAUUGAAGAAACCACCAUCGGAUAGUGGUAUUAAAUUAAACUUACUUCUUGCUCAACCUGGAGAUCUUUCUAAAGGGAGCCGUAGAAACUCGAGGGGCAGUAUUUCAGCGUAUGAAGUGUCCACUAAAACUAAUGAAGAAUGGCUCAAGAUAUUUCCUCACGCUGCAUACUUCACAGGUGAAGACUCAUUUUUCGGAAAUAUCAUCAUUAUGGUCUACGAAAACCCAACGACCAACAAGACUUGCACCACCUCAUUUACGCAAUUUGGCUCAAUAACUUAUGAAAACUUAAUUCUAGAUGCUAGGUCGAGGUUUUGGCCAAGCUGUGAGAAUUUAUUACCGGUAUUCCAAAAAUCAAAUGUCAGAAGAGCUUUGGCAAUUUCCAACUUAAAAAACUACAAUAGAGUAGCGAAUUCAGCUUACGGCCAUAUCAUGAAAAGUCAUUGGGAUGAAACUACGGCUGGAAAUUUGGCAAAUAAUAUGAAGCUUAUAACCGAGCAGACUCCUAAUGACUUAGGAUUGCAGCUCUUGAAAAUGGGAUUAUUACAAACUCAUGUAAUUAGUUCCUCUGUACUUGAUAUUGUUUACGACAAUACUCCAAGCUCAACAAAUGCAAACAUCAUAGAAGAGAACAAUAAGAUGGUAUUUCUAUUAGGAAAUCAAUUAGACCAAUUAUUCGAUCCUCUAUUGGAGUACUCACCUGAGGCUUUGGAAAUAAUGUACAAGCCACCACCUCUGGAUAAUAUGACGAGUAGUAAUAGUUCUAUGCCAUCUGUCAUGUUUGCAAUAAUUGAAGAAAUUUUAACUGUUCAGACCAAUUAUACCAUGGGAUUAGUUUCUCUCUUACAAGACUUCAUAAUUCCACUCAGAAUUCAUGUAUUAUCUGCUGCUUCUAAUGCUGGAAUAUCAAAGAUUAAUCAAGUAUUUCCUCCUACUAUCGAUGAAGUUACUAGAAUCAACUGUAUUUUACUUGAUUCAUUGGUGAAAGGAUCUAAAUUUGGUGUGCAAGAGGUAUUCAAAGUCAUGGGUAUGAUCUUACCCUAUUUCUAUAAGCCUUUCAUACGACAUGAGGCAAAUUUGAAGCAAUUUGCUGGAAGGUUGAAUAGAUUCCACAGCAAGAAUGUGGAGAAGAUCUUCGAAAAUGAACAAGUAAAUAAGGGCAAAUAUUCAGUGAGAGAGAUCGAUUCUAUUGUAUGCGGAUCUUUAUUGGAAUUGUCAAAGAUUAAAAUGAUCAUGACAAGGUUGUAUGAUACAGUAACAAUAUCAAAGGGUCAUUUCAGUAAGGAAGACUUGGCAAAGAUGGAGUUAUAUUAUAAGGCAAUUGUAGGAGUGGUGGAUGCCUUCGGAUUUGAAGAACCUAGUGAUCAAGAAGCAACCGCUAACAAGAAAAGAAUCUUCACUCCAACUGGGAAAAUAUUGUCAGAAGUAGCAUCUAAAUGGCCAAUUGAAUUACAAUAUGGAUGGUUAACCAGAAAGGUCGUCGGCAUCUUUGAAUUACAGAACGUUAAACCAAGAGUUGAAGAAGAAAUUAUUGACGUCUUAAUAAUAUUCUCUGACCAUCUCUUGUUCCUUACUAUUAAGGAUAUGGAAUACACAUCCAAAAUGAUAGCACAAAGGAGAUUGUGGACCACGAACGAGAACACCCAAGAUUCCGUCAAAAUGUUAUCAAUUUCUGACAUUUUGAUGCAUGCAAUGGUUAACGAAAAGCCGUUACCUGAGUCUUUACCUUCAAUGGAGGUCAACUGUUGGUGUGAAAUGAAUGAAGCAACAAUAAGUUCCUACAAAGCAGGGGAUGACGAGCACUACUUAAGAUUUUUCAUUACUUCGAAUAAAGGAUUUAGGGAAGAACGAAAUGAAGAGGAAGAAAUGCAUGAAGGUGACGAAAAGCACAAUCCCUCUACGUUUAGUAAGAAUUAUAAAGUCUUCCAAAGAGAAAUUAAAUCCAGUAAGAGCAAUCACGAAGUAUUUAACUCAGCUCAAGUAAUAAUUGAUUUAAUUAACAAGGCAAAGAUUCUCAACAAGAGUCAGCCAUUCCACCUCUUCAAAACUUUGGGAAAUGACUUAACAAUGUAUUCAACUGCUCAUGACUUGUCUGUUUACGAAAUGGAAAGAUGCAAAUCACCCUUCGCAUUGUUCCUUAACUUGAGUCCUAAACAAGUCGGUGCAUAUUUCAACCACAACAAAGAUUUAUUUCUAAUUAUGAAUGCUUCCUUUAUCAAUUCUCAUCAACUUCAAUUUGAAGCCUACAACAGAAUCGAAACUUUUCUGUUAAGUGAGAUUAUUGAAGCGUCGCACUUGAAAGACUUUGUAUUGGAAACUGUUUCGAAAGGUUACAUUUCCUACAUCAACUUUUACAAUGAGACUCUCAGAUACAACUUAAUUCAAAGUUAUCAUUCCGAUUUGAACUUUUUCCUUAAUUCGUUUGUCAAUCAUGAAUUUGCAUUGCAUAAUCAAUACUUGGUGAAAAGUGAAGAUUAUUCCAGGAGUGUUAAGACUAAAGAGAGUAACAUGAAUGUUUCUGCAAUCCAUUCAAUUCCUGAUGUAUACGUUGAAAAGUUUAUGGAAACUUCAAAGAGACCAAGGUCUACUAAAAGAGCAAGCCAAGAUGGGAACGAUCAUCACAUUGCUUCUAAGAAAGACGCUUCAGGUCCUCCUCCGUUGAAAAAGAGAAAGAAGAGCUUCUUUCGCAAAAUCUUUGGAGGACUUUUCAAAUCUAAGAACGCCCACGCCACAACUCAAAACAUGGACUCAUUACAGCAAGUUAAGCCAAGAACAGACAAUUCUUAUAUUGGUGAAAUCUCUAAAGAUGACACUUCAGUUAGAAAGCAAAUUCAAGAAAACUCUGUUGAACAAAGCCAGAAGCAGAGUAGACCUUAUUCUACAGUUGGAAUGCCUACUAGUACUUCAAAGCAAGAACUUGAAGAGAGGUUACCGUCCCACGUCUCUACAAUAAGAAUCCCCAAAAGUGAUAUUCAGAAGGUUGAUCAUUUAUAUCAACCCCAUCCUGAAAUAAAGAAACAGAAAUAUGAUUCGAAGGAAGCUCAGGUAAAAGAUGUUGAUUUAAAGCAAGGUGAUGAAAGAAACUCUUACAUUCCUCAGAAAUUACAAAAUGAAAAAAUUUCAGUUCCAAUUGUUAAGGCUGAGAACUCAGAAAAUACGCCUGAGGUAACAAGCGUUCCAGUAUUUAAAUCACUUGAACCAUAUGUCGCAACAAGAGUCCAGAAAUCACAGAAUCGUCAUUCAAUUGCCACUACUACCCCAACUAAUGCAGUUCGUAAUUCCGUCGUGAGACUUCCUCCACAAUCAAAUUAUUCUUCAAAUAAGUACACAGUAAUACCACCAACGGAUUCAACUAUGGAAACUGAAUCUAUACUAACCGAUGUAACAGCACACCCAUUUAGGGUUCCUCAAUCAUCGAAGAAUUCAAUUGAUUCAAAAUCCGUUAUUUCAAGAAAACAUAGAUCGUUAACUGAAGAAAAUGUUCUUGUUUUAGACGGAUUACACAGCCACAGUUAUCGAACUAGAUUGAAUAAGUUAUUAGAGGCAGAUUUCUCGAAAGCUUUCCAGGAGGAUCUUUAUAACGAUGGUGAGUCAAAUUGGACAAAGAUUACUAGAGAAAAUUCGUCUCUUUUCAAUGCUGAGAUAAAUGCAUUGAAAGAAGAUGCUGAUAUGGAUACUGAAGACGUAAUUGAAAUUCCAAGCAGUAGGAAUUCAAGCAAUAAUGCUAGAUAUCUUGCCACUUCUAGAAAUGCAUCCGAUGGAUCUACAUUAGGAGGAUCUGACAAUUCGAAUAGAAUUAUAUCAGGCCAUUAUGCUCCGCCAACUGAAAACCGUAUACUUUCUGGAAGCUCACUUCUUUCAAACAACCAUAAUGGUGUCAGCAUUAAAAGAGAUAUUUCCGUCAGUUCUUUAACAUCCAGUCAGAUGAUGGAAGAGUUCACUAGGGACAUCGAUUCAAAAUUUGCACAUCUUGACAUAAUUACUGAAGACCUGUAUUAUGAAGAUCUGAAUCAAUUCACUUUUCAGCCUCCUCCAAUCGAUCAGCAGAUGAUAGAGAAAGCGAAACAACAAGAUUUGACGAAUGCAAGUAGUAAGUAUAGUGCUACUACUGAUGAUGAAGAAUUCUAUUCUCCAAAUGAAUUUGAAGAAAAGUUUGAAGCUAAAUCCCAAGAGCAAUCAAAUUUUAUUUCAUUACAGAGGCCCUUCUUGGAGAACCCCCAUGCUUCUAGACAUUUGACAACUAAUUCAAUCUCAAGCGAAGUAACAAUGACAAAUGAAAACAAUAAUCAGUCUUGCGUAAACUCUGAUAAAACUAAAGAGAUUAUAACCGUGGUCAAGGAUAAAUCAGAUUCAGAAGACAUUCUCUUAAGUGAUUUCCCUCAUAACCCAGACAGUUAUUUAUCUGAAUUGUUAGAUGGCACAUUAAGAUUUGAUUAUGACUUGGACGAUAAAGAUGAGGGUCCCAGAAGAAAUGAAGAUGAACGUAAAACUAAUGUACAAGCAGAUAGAGGUACCGCCUCGAGAAAGGAACUGCCACCAAUCUUCCAAAGUCCAUCAUUAACAUAUUUAGCAAGCUAUAUAAGAAGUGGCAAGACGAUCCCCAAAGAUAUGGACAGAAUAAUUACUGGAGAACCUACAACGUAUAAGUUUGGUAAAUAUUAA